AUGGCCCGCAGCCCCAACUCUACGGUCAAGAAGCGGGCUACCCGUCGCAGCAUGCAUUCCGGCCGCACGGGUCCUCAGCGUUCCUCCUACGUCCCGCAACGCAGCUUUGCUCCAGCCGGCUAUUUUCACACCUUCCGGCUCACUGAUGGUCUCGCUGAGGUUGAUGCUGAUGGAGACUUCACUAACAUGUCCAACUCUGCUUCCGAGUUGGAUGCCCUCACCUCACCUUCGACCAACCAUGACUACCUCACUUCCAACACCAUCUAUGAUGACAGCAUGGACUAUGAGACAUUCACCUCCAUGCUCAACGACGAUGAUGGUAUGGAGGAUGACUCUGACUUCGACCUGAAAGAUGAGAUGGACGUCGAGGUCUCUGGAAGUGAGGCCGAGGCUACGGCUGUCCGCUGGGAUGUGAAGCUCAACUGUCCGGCUCGCCCCAUGUCCAAGCCUUGCGCUGACAUUGUCAACCCGGGCCCUCUUGGACCUUACUCCAAGUGUCUUUGCGGUCAGCUGAGGGGCGGCAACCGUGUUUCCUACCGCCAUGCAAAGAAGUGGCACUACAAGGGCCCCAACUUCACCUUCGACGAGAAGGCCGGUGCCUAUGUCGCCCCCAACGCUCCGGCCUUGUCUACGCCCUUUCACACGUUCGAACUGGGCGGCAGGACCAUCUGCCAGCCGGUGACCGUCUCCAGGGAAGACUACAUCCUCGGCAAGCGCGGUGCCAACCUCUCCGCCGAGCGCACCGUUCCGCAGUGUGCUCACUUCCCAGUCACGGGCCUUCUCAGCUACAACGUGCCCUUCGUGAAGGGCCGCAUCUGCACCCGCACGCCCAAUGCGCAGUGCCUCGUAACUCGCAUCCAGGACCAGGCUCGCUUCCUCUGUCUCAUCGAGAAUGAGAUCCGCCCUGACGGCGCCAUUCGACGCCGCAUGAACAUCCAUGCCCCGCCGGCGAACUGGGACGACCCGGCGUCCAUCUCCCACCUCAACCGCUGGCGCGCCCAGUUCCGUCAGCGCAAGCUCCGCAUCACCUCUCGCAAGCCACGCACGAAGUGGUCUGACAGUGCCUUGAACUACCUCGUCGAGCGCCUCGCCCGUGACCCGUCCACCUACCGGUCCGAGCUGGCGCGCCACGUCAGCAGGCACUUCGGCAUCAAGCGCAGCGAGCACGCCGUCUCCUGCGCCAUUGACAACCACAAGCUCCGCCUUCGCGCCGAGGAGCUGCGCAGCCAGUGGGAGGCGGAUGGCCUCUUCUCCAAGUUCGCCGAGAGCGACAGGGAGAUCCUGAUGGACGACUACGUUGAAGAAGAAUGUGCCAACGAGUCUAGCGACGAGUCUCCUGAGGUCACGAUGGAGGACCUGGACGAGAGCGACAGCGCGGAAGAGCCCCAAGACGCGAUCUUCAAGCCUUUCACCGAUCGCAAGCAGACACCCAAGGUCCUUUCCAAGGCCAUGGCUGGUAGCGCCAACCCCCACAUGUCAGAUUGGGGUCUCUAA